UUCCCCUCUCAAAAAUUUCAAUUCCUUUCUUCUUCUUCUGCCUCUGUGUUUGGUUUGAGAGCUCUUAAACCCUUUAUCCUUUCCAUUUUCAGAGCUCUUAUUUUUCUUCUUUUACUAACAUAGUAGGGGGGAAUUUUAGUUUAAACCAUGAGGCUCCCACAUUCAAGUUUGCCUCCAGGGUUUAGAUUCCACCCCACUGAUGAAGAACUCAUCCUUCAUUAUCUAAUGAAGAAACUGAGUUCCUCACCUUUCCCUGUUUCCAUCAUCGCUGACGUCGAUAUCUAUAAGUUCGAUCCCUGGGACUUACCAGAUAAAGCUGUAUUUGGAGAGAAAGAAUGGUACUUUUUCAGCCCGAGAGACAGAAAGUACCCUAAUGGUGCAAGGCCAAACAGGGCAGCUGGAUCUGGGUAUUGGAAAGCAACUGGGACUGAUAAGAUUAUAGUUGCAUCUUCAAUGGCAGCUGGGAGGGGUGGAGUGUUUUCCAAUAUUGGUGUAAAGAAAGCUUUGGUGUUUUAUAAAGGAAGGCCUCCUAAAGGGAUAAAGACUAAUUGGAUCAUGCAUGAAUAUCGCCUUUCACAGAACCCUAACCCCAACUCCAAUAAUAGAUCAUUCAAGUCUAAAGAUUGCUCCAUGAGGUUGGAUGAUUGGGUUCUUUGCCGCAUCUAUAAUAAAUCACAUGCUUUAUCUUCAACAUCAACAGCAACAAAUGAUCAAAACCAAGAGGAAGACGAAGCAGAACAGUUCAUUCGAGAUGCCCUUUUACCAGCUCUUGAAAGUCCUUCAAGCAACAACAAUACUAAUCUUAAACUUCAGCCCCAGAAGUCCUGUUCUUUCUCCAACCUGUUAGAUGCCAUGGACUACUCAAUGCUUAGUAGUUUCCUUGCAGAUAACCAGUGCAACACAGCUGGAUAUGAAUCUUCUUCAUUUGGCUUUCGAAACUUCGAACAGGCCCCGGUCGGUGACACCAGCAGGUUUCCCCAAAAGCUUCCCCAGUUGACCUCUUCAGUAGUUCCAGCCAUGGAAAACAAACUCAAGCGUCCAUAUUCUAGCAUUGAUCAGGAUUACUUGGAGCCACCAAAGAAACUUAUCAGUUCUUGCAAUCAUACUAAGAGCACCACUCAAUCUGAUAUGACUCAAUCCAACUUUCUAAACCAGUCAUUUUUCAACCAUAGUUUACUUCUAUGCCCUCAUUUUCAAUUCCAAGGAUAGAAGAAAGAUUCUAAAUAUAUAUAUAUAUAUAUAUAUAUAUAUGAGAAAACUUGGGAUGAAAUAUUUGCAACAUAUCAAAAUUUUUGUAGAAAAAUUGUAUCAGAUUCACACUUUGUAAAUAGUGUAUUUAAAGUUGAAGGCAGUUCAUCAUAUAUUUGGGUACAA